AUGUUCGCCUUUGUCACGUCCAAGUACGCCCAGGCCAAGCGCGAGACCGACACCGUCGCCCGCUGGCUCGCCUGCGCCGCUCAAAACUACGGCCUCGCCUUUGCCCAUCUUCGUCCCGCCGACGCCAGCUCGAACCCCGAGCAACCUCCCGAAAAGACCCGCCAGCAGAAGAAAAACGCCAAAAAGAACCAGCGCAAAAAGGCAAAGGCCGCCGCCGCGAAAGCCUCGUCCGCUGCCGCAGACCUCCAGCAGGGCGAGGCAGCCUGCGAGCCUGCCAAGGUCUCGGCGCCGCCGCCACCGCCUACCUCUACCGCCCAGCAUCGCAGCGGCAGCUACAUGCUGAGCGCCGCGCAGUUUGUCGAGGCAGCCAAGCACCUGCAUGAUCGCCAGGCGUGUGUCCCCGUCGAGGUGAUCCAGCUGAUGCGCCGCUGCAUCGACUCGCGCAAGAGCGCAUUCAUGAUGUUCAAGUGGCUCCCCACUUUCAACCGCAGGAGUCACCUGCACUUCAUCUCGGUCAUUGAGGAGGCUCUCGCGCUCCUCGAGGACCUCGUGCCGAAGCACAAAGACUCGGGUGCUGCCGCCACAGCUACGGCCGAUGCCGCCACGGACGGCCGCGACAGCUCCUUCUCGGCGGACAAGAACCGCUUCGGCCUGCUCGACAUCGAGGAGGUCGAGGACCUGCCCGACAUCGACCUUCCUCCGCCGCCUCGCCCGGCUGCUGCCGGCCGAGCAACACAGCCGUCUGCGGUGUAUUCACUCGAGGAGGACGAGGACGAGGUGCUCUUCUACGUCAUCGCCUUCUACCGAGAUCUCCACAACCUCCGCGAGUAUCUCAUGCAGACUUGGGCCGACUACCGCCGCGGCAAGAUCAGCCUCGUCACGGCGAGCAUCGUCACCAACACCGCCCUCGAGGCCAUCCGCAAGACGCACGACGAGUUCUCGGCGCGCUACGUGCCGCGCUUCGGCUCGGUCGAGGCGCUGACUGGCGUGUGCAUCGAGCUCGUCAAGGCGCACCUGGGCAUCCCCCACAGCGGCCCGCUCCUCAACCCCGACCUGAUCGAUGACGAGGACGACGCCACCGUCGCCAUGUACGACUUCUUCUUCCUGCCCGUCCUCCAGUUUGUCGAAGGCUUCCAGAGGGUCCUGGUCGACGGCAAGGCGCCCGUCUGCAAGAAGGGCUACUUUGGCGUUUACCGCGCCGACGCCGACCGAAGCACCAUGACCUACCGCGAGCGCUACGAUGCGGACAAGGUGCUGAUGGCCGAAGCUCUCGGCGAGUUCACCUUGCUGGGCUAUAUCGAGACGGAGGGUCUCCGAAGCCUCGAGUCGCAGAGCUGCAGCCCUGGAGCCGCUGCGCACGGCCAGGCUCGUGGUGCAAAGGAUCGGCAGACCAUGGCGUCGUUCGACGAGAUGGCCAAGGAGCUGAGCGAACUGCGCGACUCUCGCAAGCUCACCAUCAUGACCUUGCUCUGCGUGCAAGUCUUCCUCGACAUCAACCACGUCCUGCAGGGCGACGUCGAGCGAGGCCUGGCCGAGUACGAUCGCACUCUGGACCGCAUGAGCCUCAGUCUGCAGCGACGCAAAAAGGUCGAACCCACGACGCCGCCUGUCAACUGGCCCCCUCAGAACGAGCGCGCCCUGGCCACGGUGGCCGAGAUGACGACCAAGGAAGCCCGACCGCACGAGCACUUCCACCAGUACAGGGUCAGGCAGCUCUUCGAGCUUGGGCUCCGCCGCAGCGAGAUGCCGGAGGACCACGUCUUCUUCAAGCGCAACCCUCUCUUCUGCGGCAUGAUGCUCUUCCGCUCUCUGCUCGUCUACCAGGAGAUGGGCCUCGCCCUGGUCGACUGCUGGGGCACCGUCCUGUACACGGCCCAUCUCUACGUCGCCCACCGCCACUCUGGCGGUCUACCCGGCAGCCCAAACUGCCCGAUCCAGGGACUCUUCGAGGACCUGCCCGGCCUCAGGUGGCCGGACAUCGAGACGGUCAUGGCGAUGCACGGUCCCGAGGCCAUGUUCGCGGGCAAGGUGCCGACCAACCCGGACGAAUCGUUCAAGAGCUUUUCGCUCAUGGUGGGCUAUUCGGGCGAGGCCGUCAGCCGGCUGACGGCCGACGUCACCCAGUCCGAGCUGCUCCGCCGCACCCGCGACCUGCGACGCAGGCCUUUGCUCGACGCGAAGCGUGGACCCAAGGGGCUGGCCGAUCCCUCGGUGGUGGUGCGCAUGUUCCGCGACCGCUACUCUCCCUUCGUUCGCACCGACGUCAAGAAUCUCGGCGAGAUGGCGGCAGCCACCGGAGCGAGCAGAGCGAGCGGCCUCGCGAUCGACGUCGAGACCAUACAGGAGCUCCUCUCGGCGAUCAAGGAAAAGGACGCCACGGGAGAGGCGCUCUCGGCGAUCCAGAAGCGCCGACGCCACCGCGUGCGCACCAAGUACUCGCUGCUGCAGCUCCUCGACGUCCUCCGCGCGGGUCUCGAGGUCGAGGGACGAUCGCUGUGCUUCGACUACGUCGAGAUGCACGUCCGCUGCAUCAUGGUGCUGAGGCGCGUCGUCAAGGCGGUCGAGGAGCAGCUGACGAAGAAGGUGGGCCCGAACUUUCUCGACGACGAGGGACAGCUGCCCUGGAUCGUGGGAUGGGUGCUGCAGUUUGCGUGCAAGAGCGGCCAGGCGGGCAGGGCCAUGGGCAUGGUCAAGGGUCAGGAGCCCGUCUUCAGCCGCAUGCUCUGCAGCGCCAGCAGGGCCCUCGUCGAGCAGGUCAGCGAGUGGGAGAUGGAGAAAGCCGUGACCAAGGGCAAGGGCAAGGGCAGGCCCGAGACGGCCGACAUCUUCUUCCUCUGA